AUUUUACUUUUUUUCGACGAACUUUCUAUAUUGAAUAAAAAAAAAAGGUGUGAAAAUUGUAAAAUCAAAGAAGAUUUAAACCUUUUAAUUUAGAAAGAACCCUUGUUGUUUAGAACAUAAAAUAAAUGCAUAUUAUUAGGCUGAUGACUCGAUUUGGACAAUUUAUAAUUUUAGAAAUCAAUAAUUAUUAAAUAAGUAAAACCUAAUUCACAUUGAAAAUAAAAAUGCUAUUCAUAGAGGCCUUAGAGAUGUGACCUCUUCAAGUUUAUGGAUUAAAACGAAUUAUGGGUUAAACUAAAGGACUCCCGAAGCGAUUUGAUCAAAAAUUAAAAAACUGUCUGAAAUGAUCACGUUAGUUCGCCACCUAAUCCUCUUUGUUUUUCGGUUUUAUGGGAAGCAUUACCUUCCUUCUUCAGCGCAAACUUUCCUUUUUGAUUUCCAAUUCAGAAGACAAAUUUUAGGGAAGUAGGCAACAUUCAUACUUAGUUAUUCUUCUAUUUAAUAGUUUAAGGGUUUGUUUGCCGAAGAAUUAAGUUCAAUUCGCCUAGCAAGUACGGAAUUUUGCACUGCUUGGUGGGGGGAUUCAGAGUGGACUUCAAAGUUGAAAAAAGGAACAGUAAUGACGAUCGAAUCAUUGCCUGGAAGUUCUGGGUUUUUGGAUUCUGGGGAUAGGAAAAUCUCAUACUUCACUAAUAGUUAUGUGGUGGGCUUGACUUUUGCUGCUGGUAUAGGUGGUCUGCUUUUUGGGUAUGAUACAGGUAAAACUAAACUUGAAUUGCAACUCUGUUUAUUUAAAUUUUCAUGUUUUUUUUUCCAGUUAUUCUUGCUUCCGAGUCGUUUGUGCAAUGUAAAAGUAGUUGGGUACACCUUUUUUUGGGUAACAUUGUUUCCUGGUUGAUUAUUUAUUUGUAAUGAGCAAAAAUAAAUAAUAAUAAUAAAAAGCUCUCGGUUUUGAUAUCUGCUGGGGUCAAAUUGCUGAUUAUGGUGUUUGAACCUUCUUGGAAAUUUCUUUUCCAGUAGAUUUUUUAUGUAUUGCCGGUCAGUGUUUUUAACUUUUUCCGUUCUGUUAAAAAUUUGAUGUUCCAGGUGGGGCCAGGAUCCAUCUGUCUUGAGCUCAGCUUUUUUCUGAGUUUAAGGUUGAUUGUUGUUCUAGUUUGAUUAUGUAUGAGUCCUAAUUACUUUCUGUUUUUUGGAAAUUUUGUGUUACUUGUUGCAGAGUUUUGGAAAUCAUGGUUCAGCAUUUUGUUUUUUUUUUAAUCCCAUUGUUCUUUUCGUGUUUUGGAUGACAUUAAUUAGAACUGUCUUUGCUUCAAGACGGUGACACUUUUGGUGCUUGAUUCAGCUGAAUUCAUGAAAUACUGUACUCUGCUGUUUAAUCUUACCUUUUCUCAAUCGUUGGAUGUAUUUUGUCAUCCUAAUUGAGGUGUCAGAAUUGCCUGGAUGGAUCAUUACUUAAUCAUGACGAGCUUCUCUGUUUUCGAUUAGGCCCAUUUAGAAUUUGCUCGAGCUGUAUGCUUAGUCAUCCUCACUUUUAUUGAAUAGAUGUAUCAUGUGUGUAAAUUUGUAAAUAUUUGUACUUCUCUUUAAGCUCCUGCAGGGAUUUGUUUCAUUUGUAAUCUUAAGUUAUUUGUUAUUGAAUGAAAUGGCAUCUUGUAGAAUACAAGGUUAAAUUAUCAUGCCUAUAAGUACUGUCCCCAAUUGAUUGCCUCUCAAGUUGGUUCAAUUUUGGUUUGCAGGAGUGAUAUCAGGAGCUCUUCUGUACAUUCGAGAUGAAUUUGAUGUAGUGGAGCGGAGUAGCUUCUUACAAGUACCUUUAGCUUGAUAUUUUUACUUGCAGUCUAUUUGAUGAUUUUAUAGGGCAAAAUUUACAUGUGUAAACACAUGUGUUUGCUUUUGUGCAUACACAUAAAGGGCAUGAGUGAGACUUAUACUAAAAGUUGUAAAUGUGGGAGGCAGGAAGAUAGCAUGUUAUGGUUUUAAAAGCAAUAUAAUGAGAUUUUGGUUGUAUCAGAUUCAGAAACAAGCCAUAUUGGAAAGACAAAAUGUAAUUUGGAUUUCUUUUCUUUAAGUAUUAAGGCUUUUUAGAGUUUGUGUUCAAAAGAAAUUGAAUUACCGUGACAAACUGGCAAAUGGAUGGGCCGUGCUGCCCUUGUAUGUGUUUGUUGCAUGCGCUUUUGAAGAAGGUCUAAUUUCAUGCAAAAUAAGAUGUGAAAUAUGGUGCGCUUCAACUACUCUUGAAGUUAUCAUUGGGUUUAACUGUCUUGUUCGGUGUAUCUGUUGCAUCUUAUCUGUCUAUUUGUUGCAUCUCACCUGCAUGAAUGCACAAACUGGCAUGAGUUUUCUUGUUGAUUCUGUUCUCACUAGUUUCUUCUUGGCCAAUAUGGUAGGAGACAAUUGUGAGCAUGGCUUUGGUUGGUGCUGUCGUCGGAGCUGCUGUUGGUGGGUGGAUUAAUGAUGCUUAUGGACGCAAAAAAGCAACUCUUUCUGCAGAUGUUGUUUUUGCGCUUGGAUCUGUUGUUAUGGCUGCUGCUCCUGAUCCCUAUAUCCUUAUACUUGGCAGACUUUUGGUGGGCUUGGGGGUAGGUGUGGCUUCUGUAACUGCUCCAGUUUAUAUUGCUGAAGCAUCACCCUCAGAAAUUAGAGGAGGUCUUGUGAGCACUAACGUGCUUAUGAUUACUGGUGGACAAUUCCUUUCCUACCUAGUUAAUCUUGGUUUUACUACGGUUCCUGGAACAUGGCGAUGGAUGCUUGGGGUAUCCGGAGUGCCGGCUGUUGUUCAGUUUUGUCUUAUGCUAUUUUUGCCAGAAUCUCCUCGCUGGCUGUACUUAAAGAAGGAUAAAUCUGAAGCUAUUUCAGUGCUUUCCAAAAUAUAUGGUCCUCAACGAUUAGAGGAUGAGAUCGAUCAGCUCGCAACUACAUUGGUUGAGGAAUCCCAGAGAAAAAGCAGUGUGCAUUUCUGGGACGUUUUCAAGUCUAAAGAAAUGAGACUUGCAUUUCUUGCGGGGGCUGGACUCCAGGCAUUUCAGCAGUUUACAGGGAUAAAUACUGUCAUGUAUUACAGCCCAACAAUAGUUCAAAUGGCAGGUUUCCAGUCCAAUCAGUUGGCACUUCUUCUGUCCCUGAUUGUAGCUGGAAUGAAUGCUAUUGGCACAAUAGUUGGAAUUUAUUUCAUUGAUCAUUUUGGUCGGCGGAAAUUAGCUCUUAGUAGCUUAGCAGGAGUAAUCGUCUCUCUUAUUCUGCUUGCGGUUGCAUUCUUCUUGGAACCAUCUGCAGACGGCACUGGUAGUUAUGGACUUUAUGGAUGGCUCGCCAUUGUAGGUUUGGCCCUCUACAUAGCCUUUUUUGCUCCUGGAAUGGGACCUGUACCUUGGACUGUCAACUCAGAGAUAUAUCCACAAGCAUAUCGAGGAAUCUGUGGAGGAAUGUCUGCAACUGUGAACUGGAUAUCGAAUCUUAUAGUGGCGCAAAGUUUCCUUUCAAUCGCUGGUGCAUUGGGUAUCGGUCCAACUUUCUUGAUAAUAGCAGCAAUAGCUGUAGUUGCUUUCGUAUUUGUUGUUGUUUUUGUGCCAGAGACAAAGGGUUUGACAUUUGAAGAAGUGGAAAGAAUUUGGAAAGAAAGAGCUUGGGGCAGCAGUGGUGACAGCACUGAAGCCCUUCUUUGAAGCACAAUCCUGACUUGGGCUGUGGAAUUUUCCACUGUUAUGUUGCUGUAAAUUUGAAACAAGUUAUUAAACUUAAAAGGUUUCUUAAACUGCGAUUAUUUUAUGAAAGCCAACAUUUUAUAUAUAGAAAUUUUUGCACAUUCUGUAGGUUCAGAGCUUGCAUGAUUUGAAUUCUGAAGAGCUUCGUUCAUAGUUCAUACUUAGAUGGGUUUUUCAAUGAUACAAUUAAU